UGCAGAUGUAUUUGUAUCUGAUCUUUCUGUAACGACUUAUUGAGUGAGUAAAGCAUUUGAACUUCUCAACUGUGUGAACUUUGCAUCAUAUGUGAGCAGCUCACGUUGGUGGUCCCAAGCUAGGAUACAGGAGGAGAGUUGUGAUAAGUUGAGGGUCUUGGACCGUCCUUCCUUGGCUUACUGCUGAGCAUCUGCUGUGUGUGCACUUCCCUCUUUAACUGAAUCUGGAGGUCACUGAAUUAUUCUACAUCUUCCUGUCAAUCAUAGAGUUUUGAGUUAGUAUAGAAACUUAAUUCAAAUUGUCAUCUUUAAAAUCAUUCUAACAAUACUGAUAUUCAAACUUGUCUAUCAUUUUUGUGUGUCAACUUUCUGCAAAUUGAUUUAUUCGUAAUCGAGUCACAGCAUUUUGAAGAGACUUGAUGGAAGAUGUGAAUAGUUCGUGCCAUGUGAUGAUUGCUUUUAUGUUGAGUUCAUAUUGGAGUUAAAUAAUUAACUUAUUGCCCACAAUAUUUAUCUGGACCUAAAUGGUGACAUAGUCAUCUUCUCUUCAGUCCGUGAUGAUCUCUUAAUUGAUUGCUAGUUGAUUUUUCAGCGAGCAAUUAUGAAGGGGUAGUUGACUUGACAUAUUCUAAAUCAGUAGUGGAAGACAACUACAAUAUUUAAAAUUGCAAUUAGCUAAGUUCUGUAGGAAACUUCACUGGAAUUUUCAACAAGUAUUUAGCAAAUGACCACCUCUUGAUAUACUUAUAAGUAGGAGCUGUCAAGCUUGUCUAUCUAUCAUUUUAAGUCCCAACUAUUCUGCAAAUUUCUUCACUCACAAAUAUUGUAAAGAUAUCUGAAGGUUCUUUGCGUAACUAGAAAUAGAUAUGGCUGCUUAUGCUGCUGUAACUUCUCUGAUGGGAAUAAUGCAGCAGCUUCCACAAUCCCGCUUAGACCUUCUGCAGGGUCAUAAAUUACUUUUGGAAUUACUCCACAAGAAGGUUGGCUCUCUGCUAGAGUUUCUGGACAAUUCUGAUGAUGAACCAAUGAAGGAUUUGCAGAAAAAGGUCAAAGAUCUAGCAAAUAAAGUAGAGGAGCAAGUCGAAUCACACAUUCAAAGAAAGGCUCAGAAGACGCUUCUUAAGAUGUUGCAACGAGUCUUCCACCUUCCAUCAAAGUCCCAUGAGAGACUUUAUAAGAUCUUGCUACAAGCUAUAUGUGACGUUGAUUCGAUCAAGGAAAAGCUCAUCAAACAGAUGAAGAAUAACAAAUUGCAAGCUGUAAAUCAUUCAAUCGGUGGUUCUAGUUCACCACGAUUGCAUGUUUCAACCCUCGUGAACGAUAUGGUGGGGUACAACAUUGAACAAGAGCGCAUGCGGAGUCAACUUACCGGACACUCAUCUCAAUUGGAAGUCAUUUCUAUUGUUGGGAUGGGCGGCAUAGGUAAGUCAACUUUUGCUAAUAAGAUGUUUUCUGAUCCCUCAAUUUUGAGCUUCUUUGAUGUUCGUGGAUGGAUUACUGUGUCCAUGAACUACAGUUUAAGAAAGAUGCUUCUAACCCUCCUUCAAGACACUGUUGGGGCGGCCAAAGAGCUUGAUGAGAAAACCGAUGGAGAGCUAGCAGAUCACUUGCAAAAAAGUUUAAAGGGUAGAAGGUAUUUGAUUGUUGUGGAUGAUAUGUGGAGUAGGGAAGCCUGGGAUGAUGUUAGAUUAUGUUUUCCAGAAAACAAUAAUAGAAGUCGGAUAUUGUUGACUACUCGAGACAUGAAGGUUGCUCAAUAUGCUAGCUCUCCUAAGGAUCUGUUUCCAAUGCGUUUCCUGGAGCCAAAGGAAAGUUGGCAUUUGUUUUGCCAAAAGGUGUUUGGCAAAAAAGAUUGUCCAACUGAAUAUGAGAAUGUGGCGAAGGAAGUUGUAAGUAAUUGCAAAGGUUUACCACUAAUGAUUUCUGUGGUUGCAGGGACUCUGUCUAGCAAGAAAACAAUGGAUGAGUGGAUCAAAGUAGCUCAAAGUGUGAUCUCAUCAGUAGAUCUUGAUGAUUAUCAGCAUUGUUCAAGAGUGCUUGGUUUGAGCUACACUCAUCUUCCUUCUUAUUUGAAAUCUUGCUUUCUUUACUUUGGAGUUUUUCCAAAAGCUAGUGAGAUUUCUGUGAAGAAAUUGACUAGAUUAUGGAUUGCCGAAGGACUCUUAGAGCUAAAGGGGUCUGAAGGAUUGGAACAAGUAGCUGCUAAUAUUUUACAUGUUCUUAUUGAUAAAAGUCUGGUUGUUGUUAGCAAGCAAAGUUUGGAUGACAAGAUCAAGACAUGUAGGAUUCAUGAUCUUCUCCAUGAUUUAUGCUUGAGAGAAGCUGAAAGCGAGAAUCUUUUGUAUGUUGCAUGCCGAGGAUCUACAAGGGUUUCCUCUCAAGGCCGAUGGGUGUCAGUUAAUCCAGAGCGAGGUUACGAUUCUUAUGCUCUUUUGGAAAAUCUUACUCAUAGCAAAAUACGUUCUAUUCAUUUUCAUCCCACUGAGCUGGUGCGGCGUCAAUUAUCUAUUAAACUAUUCCAUUUUAAACUUCUUAGAGUAUUGGACUUGGUGGCAAUAAGAUUAGUUUCAUUCCCUAUUGGAGUAGUACACCUAGUUUCUUUGAGGUAUUUGGCUGUGGUGGUUAAUUUUGAGACUUCUGAACAUCAAUCAAUUUCCAAUCUUUGGAAUUUACAAACUUUUAUCUUUUCCAUAAGUCUUCCACAAAUCGAUCUCGUGCAUUUACCAAAUGGAAUUUGGGAAAUGUCUCAAUUGAAGCAUCUCCACUCUACAAGGAUGUCUCUAUACUCUCCUCCAAAGGUAUCAGCUAAUGAAGUUAAGUACCGCAUUUUGGAAAACUUACAAAGUGUUUCUGGGUUGAGUCCUUGUUGUUGCACAAAAGAAAUAUUUGAAGGGAUUAAAAAUGUGAGAAAAUUGGGUAUUUCUGGCACUGAAGACGAAUUUGAUUAUGAGCCUAUAUGCUUAGAUAAUCUAAUAUAUUUACCCGAGCUUGAGGAACUAAAAAUUGCAUCAUACAUCCUUACCAGAUAUGAUGUACUUCUUAGGCUUCCAUUCGCAGGUUCUUUCCCACCUAAUCUCAAGAAGCUGACACUUCGCAAAACUUUUCUACUGUGGGAGGACAUGACGAUCAUUAGCAAGUUGCCCAAACUUGAGGUGCUCCAGUUGAAGGCUGAUGCCUUUGUAAUUAGUUAUCCCACAGAUACAGUCUGGGAAGUAACAGAGAUGGGAUUUCUUGAAUUGAAAUUCUUGCUCCUUGAGUGGUUGGAUCUUGAUUACUGGAGAGCCGCUGAUGAUUAUUUCCCAUGCCUUGAGCACAUAGUUAUCAGAAACUGUCGUACGUUAAAAGAGAUUCCUGAAGGAUUUGUAGAUAGUUUGACACUGCAGCAAAUUCAGUUACAUCGAUGUACUUCUUCCCUUGUGACUUUUGCUAAGCAAAUCCAAGAAAAUUACGAGAGUUUGGGGAACAACAUGCUUAAAGUUUAUUCCUUUGACACAAUUCGAGUUUCAGUGAAAGGGUGUAUAAGGAAGAGGAUGAACUAUACAGGAAGUAAUUUGUGAGGGCCAAAUGUCUUGUACAACAACAUUAAUCUCCGAAAACAAUCAAAUACUCUGGUCGAAGUAUUUGUUCUUUCAAUGUAAAAAGUUUAAGUAUUGCACCUUUCCAUUAAAAUAGAAAUGUCAUAGUCCAUUUUUAUUUUAUUCAUUUUUCAACUGCUUUUCUCAACUGUAACUUAGCAUUAAACUACAUGUGUUUUAGAAUACAUUGUGCAUUGUUUAGUUGAAAACUGGGACAGCAAGGACUAAAUUGAAAUUGAUGGCACUUGAAUUGUUGCAAAGAAAAAAGAAAAAAAAAUUGGUCUAGGAUAAUCAGGGAAACAUUUUGAACAGUUGUCGCCUGGUUGAAGUUAAAUAUGUUAAAUCUUUUUAGAAGUAUGUGAAUAUGUGUUAUAUUGAGUUUCCGACUCUGAUAAUCUCUCACCCUUUUCACUUUACACUUACUGAAGAUUCACUUGUAAUGGC